AUGUUCACUCCCCUUCUAUUGAUUGCCACGCUUGGUCAGCUGAAUGCCGAAUUGAUUUUUGCGCAAGUGUGGUUCCGACAUGGAGCUCGAGCGCCGACCGUUUUUGGUCGUUUCCCUAGCGAAUCAAAGGAUUUUGGAGUCAGUUUCCCGUAUGAAAAAGGCGAAUUGACAAAGGAAGGGAAAAUGAUGGAGUACGAGCUGGGGAAACGCUUCCGAGAGGAGUUCAAGGGGUUCAUCUCGAAUGAAUAUGUGCCACACGAGAAUCGAAUUUUCAUCGACGAGGACAAUCGCACGUCUGACAGUGCGGCGCUCAUGCUUGCAGGUCUCUACCCACCUAGUGAAUCACAAAUCUGGAAUCCAGAGCUUUUGUGGAAUCCGAUUCCCCUUCACGAGGACAAUAUUAUGGUCAAGGCUGGUAUGGGAAUCGCGGACACUUGUCCAAAAAUCGGAGACGAAGUGAUGAAAAGACCAGCAUUUUGGAAUAUUCUCGAACGAUACCCGACAGUCGUCGAGCAGUUCGAGAGGCUGAGCGGAGUCGAGAUCUCAUUGCCGAAAAAUCUCAGCGAUGUGUUGGAUGAAUACUACACGAGGUAUAAACUCGGCGACUCUCGACUCCCCGCCGCGUCGUGGUUGACUGACAAAAUGGCGGAAAGGAUUCGAGAAAUCGAGACGAACAUCACCACGCAAUUCUUCAAGAUUCCCGAAGUGAUGGAUUCGAUUGGAGCAUGGCACACAACAAGAUUGAUUGACGAAAUCGAUGUUGUCUUGAAUCAACCGACAAACAAACGGAGGAAAUUCGUUUUCUUUUCUGGGCAUGACACAAAUUUGUUGAUCUUGGGGAUUCGUCUUGGAUUGCCCGGUUGUGGGGAGCAUUUUUGUGACUUUGGCGGCAGUUUAGCGAUCGAAUUGCACAAUGAGACGAACAAUUUCUAUUUAAAAUUUUUCUACUCUAAUUAUUAUAAAAAUCCUCGAGAGGAGGUCAUCUCAAAGCUAUGCGGUCAUCCAUGCUCACUCACCAAAUUCAAAUUGCUCUUUUCGAAUCCAAGGAUAGAUGAAGUGACAUUUUGGAGGAAAUGCAAAUACCCGAUUAUGAUGGAAAAUGGGAACGAGAAUACGAUUUUGAUUGUGACACUAUUUGUGAUCAUUGUUGGUUUAAUUAUGACAAAUAUUUUCUCAUGUUUCAAAUUACGACGAAAACAAAAAAGUCGCAGCAGCACAAUCGAUAUGGAUGAAACGGAACCGUUAAUGUUUAAAGGAGAAAUU